AUGAAAGGCAAAGUGAAGGCAGACUUGAUUCUGAACGGCGUUAUAGUGAACAGCGAAAGACUCUCACAAUUAUUAGCGUAUGUGAGUCAAGACACAGCUCUGUGCCCCGACAUGUCGACCCGUCAGGCAUUACUUUUCACAUCUUUAGUUCAAAGACCGGCAAAAAAGAGUUCGUUUGACACUAAAAAGCGAACCAAUGCUUUGCUCGAGGAGUUAGGGCUGAGCGAAGUCCGUCACACCUGUAUUAGUGAUCUGACAGAUGCUGAGAAAAAGCGUUUACUCAUUGCUAUUAACCUAUUGCUAGACACAGAUAUUCUACUCCUGGAUCAGCCCACCAAAGGAAUGGAUAUAUUUGACACUUUCUUUUUAGUCGAGUAUCUCAGACAAUGGGCUCUCAUUAGUGGCAGAUGUGUUAUCAUGACUAUCAGUCCCUCCACUUACGAGAUCUUUACAAUGCUUUCGAGAAUUGCUUUGAUAUCCUCGGGAAGAGUAGUAUAUUUCGGCAAAAGAAGUGAUUUGUUGACAUAUUUCGCACAAAUAGACUUUCCGUGUCCGGCAUUUAAGAAUCCGAGUGACUAUUAUCUAGAUUUAGUCACUCUCGAUAAUCUCAGUUCAGAAGCAAUGCUAGAAUCGAGUCAAAGAAUCGAGAGUUUAGUGGAACUGUAUUCUCGUAGACAUAAUAGCGCCAUAUCAGCACCCGGUCCACCAUCCAUAACACCACCACCCGUUCAAAGGGCAAACAUUUUCAUACAAUUUCUGGCUCUUUGGAUACGAGCUAUGAUUUUCACGUUUCCUUAUAAUGUGAUACAUAUGUUCUUCAAACUGUUGGUCGCAUUAUGUCUGUCAGUGAUGUGUGGAGUUAUAUAUUGGCACGUAAGGAGUGGUAGGGAACAGGAGUAUAUCUGGGACCGCAUCGGUUUCUAUCACGCGAUCCUCACUAUAUUUACCAUACCUUUGCUAUUAAUCGAAAUCAAAGACGUUCAUAAGGAGAAGCAAUAUGUGUUAAAUGAAGUGAAACUGCAAUUCUAUGGCAAAUCAUCGUAUCUGAUAUCCAAACUGAUCUACUCUUUACCUCAAGCUCUCAUAGUUUUUAUAGCCUUUUCACUGCCGGCCUGUUCUAUGGCUGGACUCCAACAAAAUCUCUCCAUUUAUUUGCUGUUAAUGUUAUCCUAUUUAUUAACACUAAGAAUGAUUGCCAUCUCUAUUGUCUGGACAUUCAAUAAGCGGUCGACCAGUGCUGUUAUGUUGGCAUUUGUACUAUCGCUCAUAUUUUUAAGCGCCGGCACAACAUUUCACUACAAAGACCUGUCUAUAGGGACCCGAUGGCUGAACUAUGUGUCGCCCACCCGUUGGGCCCACGAGGCGCUCAUUAAUUGGGAGUUUGACAACAACUCCACACUUUCGCCUCCAUUCCUCUGCAGCCGUAACCCUAUAGUCCAACAGCCGAACGCCAUUCUCGUGAGAGCCGACUGUGGCUUCCAAUCCAAAGCCAAUGUAUUGAAAUGGUUUCGAUAUAAAGGCGCUCCACAAACUGGAUCCUCUUUACGACCCAUUUGGCACCCAUUCGCUGCCUUCGCCGCUAUUUUUGGCUUCUUUAUGAUCGGCGGAUGUCUUUUGUUUUGUCUUUUGGCCAAAAGAAAAUCGUUGGCAAAUAAGACAAACUCUUAAGAUUUCAAUUCAUACUAUGUUUUAAAGAUAAUUAAAGAGUUUUCAUGACUAUUACAAAAGCGCAC